UAAUGAGUAUCCGGAUAGUCAUGGCAACGAACAAGUGAAAUUCAACAAAAUGGAGUCGCUAACAAGUGAUCAAUCCUUCGCGAGGACUCUCCUACAGGACCACAACCAGAGGCUAGAGCAACACAUGAACAACUUUGAAACUUUACAAAAAGAAUACCUCAGACUGCAACAGAUGUAUGAUAAGGCCAGAGAAGAAGAAGCAGUUUCUAGUAAGAACUAUACUCAACUAGUGGUCAAAUCAGAGGAGAUCAUAAGACAGUUACAGCAAGAGAGAGACGACAAGAUUACAGAGUGUGAACACCUUCAAAGAAGAGUAAUGGAUCCUCAUAAAAUGGCAAAACUUCAACAAACGAUAACUGAAGAACUGGAGGAGACCUACAGAAAACGCAUUGAGGAACUAGAAAUGGAAGUUGAAGUUAGAAAUGAUGAAAUUGUUCAGUUAAAGAGAGCUUAUGACUUCAUGAAAUUAGAAUACACUUCACUCAAAAGUAGCACUGAUCUAAGAUCAAGGGAAAUAGCUAAAGAACACCACAGUCAGCUGUCACUGUUAAGAGAUAAAGUGAGAGAGUACAGUUUGAAACUGGAGAGGGACAUACCCAGUGAAAUACAGCGAGUUAGGACACUACAGAGACAAAACAACACUCUGGAAGAACAGGUUAAGGAGCUGCUGGAGGAGAACAAGUCCCUCAAAUUAAAACUAACUGAUGCUCAGACUAACAAAAUACAAGAGGUGUCAGUGUUGAAGCAGAAGUCAGUGGAAUAUGAAGGAAUAGUUGAGCAGCUAUCAUCAGAUAAACUGAGUCUAACUGCUCACCUUAAGAGAAUAGAAAGAGAUCAUGAAGAGACACAGAGGGAAUCAGUAAGACUAACAGAUGAACUGACUAAACUACAAAAUGAUCUCCUCAUGUCACAGAGGAAAUGUGAUGAAGUGAUCCACCAGCAGGAGAAGAUGAAAGAUGAACUAUUAUUAAAUAAUUUGAAGGAGGUCCAGUCAGUUCAAAAUGAGAAGGUGAAGUACAUGAAAGAAGUGGAUCAGUACAAAGCACAGACUGAGAACCUCUCACUGAUCAUACAGCAACUGGAAUCAGCUUUAAAUGAUAAAACGAGGGAGGUUAUGCUGAUAAAGGAUAAAGUGAGACAAGAUGAAUUAGAGAGAGCAGUACAGGCAGAGAAGGAGAGAGGAGACUCUGAACAACAACUAACAAACACACAGAGUGCAUUUUUGUUGAAGACUCAAGAGUUUGAAGUGAAACUGUCAAACUUACAAGAUCAGCUAAUGACCACUGAAGCAGAGAAGGUCUCAUUGGAGGGCGAGUGUGAGGUAUUGAGGAAGGAAUUAGCUGAAAAAAAUAUCACAUUAUCAAAAAAUGACAAAGAAUUAUCAGAACUGAAAGAACUAAGACAACUCAAGCAAUCACUGACACAAGAAAAGGAAAAAGUUGAAAAUGAGUUAAGUGAGGUAGAGACUCAGUUGAAGGAAGAGAGGGAAAAGUGUCAGAUACUCCAUCAUCAACUGAGCCACCAGCAGACUGAAGCUAAGCUGAUCAUUGAUAGCAACCAGAAGGAGCUGCAGAAACUAACGUCUGAGUUGACUGAUGUGAGGAUAUCGUGGGAAGAAUCUAAGAAAGAAUUAACACAAAAAUGUAAAGAAUUUGAGGAGAAAUUAAAAUCAAAUAAAAAGAAAAAAGAAAAAUUCAAGAGAGAGAAUGAAAGUUUAUCAAGUGAAAUUAAGAAACUACUAGACACAGUAUCAACUAAUGAGAGGAACUUUACCAAUGAGAAGGAACAGUUGAGAAAAACAGCAGAAGAAGAGAAGAGAUUAUUAAAGAAGCAGUUACUAUCAUUCCAAAGACAACAGAGACAGUUCCAUCACCUCCUAGUGUCCACCCCUCAUCCUACUGCUGACAUUACUAAUGGUAAACUAGGACUGAGCACUGGAGGAGUGGGAGACCUAGCAUUGUUUACUGACAGUUGUAACCUUAGUCAAUAAUGGAGAGAGCGAGAGAGAGCAAUGCUUUUUAUACUGUUUUUAUUCAUAAACAUAAUAAUUAUAAUGAUAAUAUA